AUGCGAAGUGGGACUCCUUUUACAGAUAAUAAUAAUCCGGGCGUGAAGAAAAAUUGUCAAUUGCUGUCGUGUCGUCAGAAACAAACAGUCGAUUGGAACAUUAUCGAUCGUAAAAAGGGAGAACUUCAAGUUCAGUUUCAAGCUUUACCCAAAUAUUGUAAUUUCGAAACGUACGUCAUAGAAUUGGAAAUCUACGAUGAAACUAUGCCCUACGACGAAGGACUCAUGUGCAACACCGGAAACACGUCGUGGAAAACUCAUUCGAGAAGAAUAUUCGACAAUAGGUUUUGCUCAACGGGAGAAUCAUUCCCCGAAGACUGUUUACAGGUUCACGUCGUAAAUUUCAAUUAUGUUUAUUCUGGUUUUUACCGACUCAAAAUAACGCCUUACGUAAAUGGAAGCACGAGACAAGCUCAAAGAUCGUAUCGUUUGCACAUAAACAACACGGUUACGGAUUAUGUUAAGAAACAAUUUUCCGGUCUUCAUUUAAACGCUUCAUUCCAGUACAGGAGUUCGUCACGAGAAUUAAAUUUAGGGAUACCGUUACUUAUAGACGAUCCUCCCGAUACGAUAAGGAUCGAAGUGAAAUUUUCAAACGAUAGCAUCGAUUAUUACAACGUCAUGAUACACGUAAGACCCUUUUCGCGUUAUCUCAUUGUAAUUGAUAACAAAAAAAACAGAAUGGGAAACGAAAAUUCUACGAGCAUUCAAUGCGAAAACGAAUUAUUGAAAAUACCUUGGCCUUCUUGUCAAGUUCACAAAGCUGGAUUGGCGUGCACAUUUUACAACAUGACCCCUGGGUUUUACAACGUAUACGUCACAUUUACCGAUGAUAGAUGCAUGAGAGGUACGGUGUGGGCUGGCAAUCACACCGACCCGUGUUUCUGGGUUAUUAAGAAAGAAUUCACGGAGGAUCGAGUUUUGACGGAUGCAUUGAGUCCGGGAAAUGAUAAUUCGCAAUUUUUAAUUACGUCCUUAAUUACAUUGAUCAUUGUCGGAAUCAUUGCCACGUUUGUUAUAGUCAAGACACUGAAUAAGAGAAGGAAAAAAUUGAUUCAUCGACUCGCUGGAAAAAAUUUCGUCGUCGAAAAUUCAGAAAAAACCGAAAGCGAACAAACGUACAAAUUUAGUAGUAACGGGUACGUAAGUCAAUUAGAUUACGGUCAAAUAAUUGAUAUGAACGAACGGCAGCAAAACGAGUCGGAAGUGGUGCUCGUAUAUCCGAGAGACGUCCUUUCAUUCAUGGAAUUGGUGACGUGUUUGAGACGAGUUUUGGAAAAAGUUUUCGAGUGCAAGGUCAACGAUUAUUUCGAUCCGGAUAAGUGGGACGAAAUAAGCGCGAAUCCGAAAGAUUGGCUUCGGCGUCUGAUAGUCGAAAGGCGGGUCAAAAUAAUCGUGAUAGCGAGCGAAGUAUGUCCGAUCCGAACGGGUUCGCAAAAAAUGGGAGAACGAACGGAUCGCUACGAAAAAUUUCCACAUCCUUUCGACGAUUUGUACCUGUACGCGAUUCGAUUGAUUCGCGACACCAUGAACGAAGAAUCUUAUAAAAAUUUAUUUGUCGUUACGUUUGAAGGAGUGACGGAAAGUCAAAAUCGUUUGGAAUAUUUCAAUCCUUACACGAGAUUUUCACUCCCAAAAAAUUUCGACAAAUUAUUCGAACAUUUAAGGAGCGAGAGGGGGAAAAAUGGAGUCGAGCGGAAAAACGGAGAGAGUGGAAAAUUCGAUGAAAAAUUAGAAAUCCGUCAAUUUAAAUCACAAUUGAAUCGUUUAAUGAAUAAUUUAAAACCGUACGAAUAUAAAGAUUUUUAA